GGCAAAAGUGUGAAAAACUGCAGCAAAAACUUGUGGGAAAGAUAAUGUUAAAGAGAGAAAACCCUAAACAAUGGAGGCAAACAAUAAAUACUUGGACUGGCCCUUCUGUCCAAUGCUGCAUUUAACAGCGCUCUUGCUGAUUAAUUAUUAAUUCGAUUCCCUUCUAGCUAGCUAGACCUUUUUUCUUUUCCUUCAUUGAAAUCUUAUAUGAGAGUGAAUCAGAUGUUUGCUGCACCAAUCCAUGAGGCUCUUGACACCAAGUUCCUCAAACCGGAUAAGAGCUUAUACUCCAGAGAAAACCUCAAGCGCCGCUUCCUCCUUCGUGCCCUCCUCUUCGCCGGAAGCACCCUUGUGACAGCAGCCCUUCCCUUCAUGUCUGACUUUGUCGACUUAUUUGGAUCAUUCACACUUACCACCCUAACCUUUGUUUUUCCAAGCAUGAUCUUCAUCAAGGUUGAGGGAAAGACGGCUAGAAUGGAGAAGGUGUUGAUAGCAAAAUUCCCCUACUGCAAUAGUCAUCACCAGCAACGGAAUCUCGAUCAACGCGUUACAAUGAAUCCUCCUUCCUCCUACAAAAAAGAUGUCCGGAUGGGUUGUCCGGACACACCCUCCGAUGAUUAAGUUAGUCUUUUGGAAGCUGUUGGAAAAUAGAGUUUUCCUUUGGGAGUGUUGCUCC